CAAAAUUUCUAGAGCAUUAAAGUGAGCUAGGGACCUAAUUGUGAAGAAAUAUUAUUAAUGAAUUUAAUAACAAAUAUUUUCAAAAUUCAAGGACUUAAAAGAAAGGAAAUUAGGAUAAGGAUCAAGGCUGAUAUUUCUCUCCUCAGCCACGUGUUUUGCUCUUCCUCAUCUUCUUCUUCUUCCCGAUGCUCUGCCUCCCGAAAGUUUCCCCCCAAAGCCGCUGAAGCUUCCCCCUUGAGAACCGAUGAAAGGCUUGAAAUUUCCCUUUCCUUCUUGCUCAAAAACCAAGUUUCAGGCCUAGAACACUCUCCUAAACCCAGAAAUUUUCCAGAUCUGCGCUGUCUUCUUCCCCUCUGUCCGCCGGCCUCUGCUGUGUGGGGUUGGGUUCGGUUUUCUGCACCGUGAGUCUCCCCUGCAGAUUUGCCGCUGCCCUCUUUCCCCCGCCAGGUCCGGUUCUGCAGCUGGAAAAUUUUGGGUAGUGAGACCCGACGCGGGGAAGCCCGGGGGAGUGACGAGCUAGACGGCUAGGCACUUUUGGACUUAGUUUUUGUAGCUAAGCCGUUAGUCACCCAUGCUUGACUUAGAAAUUUUUGUGUACAGAACUCCCUUAGUUAUGGUCACGACUGUGUAAAUAAAGUUAAAUAUCUUUGUACAUUUUGACAAGUAAAUAGUUGGAAAGGAA